AUGCAUCGUCAGGUUAAGUUUGCUAUACCAGAAGCAAUGGCAGAUAACCAGAGAAUUCAUCCAGUGGUUCCGGCUGCAACGAGCGCCACGGCACCUUCAGCGCCGCCGAGCUCUUCUGUUUCAGCAAAAGGAACCCAGGUUCACCGAGCUUUUCCAUUGCAAGGUGGCAGACCCGUGAUUCCCCCGAAGCCAAGGAAACGAAAAGGCUGUUGCUGCAGGUUCUUGUGCUGGAUCAUUAGCCUCCUCCUCCUCAUACUGAUCCUCAUUGGAAUAGUCGCAGCAGUUAUUUACUUUGUCUUCCAACCAAAACUUCCACAGUAUUCGGUUGACCGCCUUCAAAUAAGUGCUUUGAGGCUCAAUUUCGACCUGACCCUGUAUGCACAAUUUGACGUGAAGAUUACGGCCACGAAUCCAAACAAAAAGAUUGGAAUCUAUUAUGAGAAGGGUGGCAGAUUAAGCGUGUGGUAUGCAAAUGAUAAGCUAUGUGAAGGAUCAUUGCCAAAAUUCUACCAAGGUUACCAGAACACAACAAGACUCGGCAUUACCUUGACUGGCCAAAGUGAGUCUGGGAGCACCAUAAUGACAGCACUGCAGCAGCAGCAGCAAACAGGAGAAAUCCCUCUUGAUCUAAAAGUUGAUGCACCGGUGUCAGUUGAGCUAGGCACAAUGAAGUUGAGGAAGGUUAGAAUCUUGGGCAGAUGUUCCUUGGUGGUGGACAGCUUGAGUACCAAUAGCAUGAUCAGCAUCAAAGCAAGUACAUGUAGGUUUGGGAUGAAGCUUUAAAUUGUAUAAUUGUCAUAGUUACUUCUUUUUUCUUCAGUUUCUUUUGUAGACUCAAUUUCUUGUAUUCUGUAGACAGAGAAGGUUCAUUUAAUACAGAUUGUCGGAAACUAUGAUUUGU